UGAUACGGUGAGCAGCAGCACCAAAACUUCAAUAAUACACCAAGUCGAGCCGAAGAACCUCUUUGCAGAUUUUAGCGACUAUAUAAAUACUAACGCCUUAAAAUCUGGAACGUUAUUUAAAGUUAGGAAGUGAUAGAGAGCGUAAAUCGGUUGAGCAUCCGAGAUUCGGUGUUACUUAAUAAGUUUCGGGUUACCCGCUUAAAUCUUUCGUAUUUUCGGUAUAGAAUUUAUCCGUGAAAUUUGUGACAAUGAAGAUUUUGGUGUUGACAGCGUUUUUGAUGGUUGUACCAUCAAUUUAUGGCGAGAAUAUUUUCUUGGACAAUCUCAAGCCAGAAGAAGCCCAGAAAUACCUUGCAGCUCAUGACUUAACAUUGAAAUACGCACCGAAAAUAGGAGAAGAUCCAUUGCCUGCGACCCGCUCUCACAACGGUGAUUUUAUCUACAGGGGUCGGAAAAUUUCUAAUCCAAGUGAUUACGUUGAAGACACAUAUUUGGCCAAUCAAUUCCAUGGUCAGGAUGGUCUUGGCCGCGCUUUGUUCGGCUACUCUGACUGGAAUCAAGGUCGCGUUGAAGCCAUCAACGGAAAUGGACAUGUACGAGGAACUUACAAGUACGUCGACCCAUAUGGCAAGGACUUCGUUGCUAACUACUGGUCUGAUGGUUUGGGCUUCCACCACGAAGAUAACCGCCCGAAGGUAGUCUUGGAACCGGUCACCGAUACUCCAGCUGUACAACAUGCUCGUGCUGAACACUUCCGUAAGUGGCACGAGGCUGCCGAACAGGCCAGAGCCAGUCCCGAUCCAAACAGUGACUACUAUAACCGUGACGCCAAUCGGUAUGACGAAGAUCAAGAUAAAAUUGAUCAAGCUUUAGAAAUUAUUGGUAGUACUUCUAACCAACACCAAGCUCUUACUAGGUACCCCAACCUUUCCAACCAAAAACCCAUUGUUCCAGACCGUGAUUAUAACCCCGCCUCAUCCCAAGAUUCCGUCACAAUCAGCCGCGAUGAUGGCAAAUACAACCGUAAAUACGAUGCCGAACCAACUGGUCCUCCACAUGGUUUCUACUAUAAUUUCGAUUACCCCGUCUAUCUCCUUCGUAGAGCAAAGGGUGGAAAUGGAGAUCAAUAUGAAUAUGGUGGUGAUUAUGGUUAUGACAGUUCUCAGUUCAAGAGUCAAUAUAAUAGCCAACAAAGCCAACAACAAGGUCAGUUUGCUAAUCAAGGCGGAGCAAGCCAAUUCAAACAAGGACAAUUUGGCAGUCAAGGACUCGGUGGUCAAGGCCAGUUCAGUGCUCAAGGCCAAUUUGGUGCUCAAGGCCAAUUCGGUCAAGGUCAAGGACAAUUCGGUAGUCAAAGCCAAUACAGUCAAUUUUCUAGCCAAGGAGUGAAGAAGUUCGACAACUUCUUCGACAAUAACCAUGCCAAUUAUAAGAGAACUGUUGAAGAACAAGUAGCGAGUCCUGCCUUGAAAGCUUCGGCCGAUCUGACUGAAGCGCGUGUUGAUGCCGUUCAUGAUGCCCAAGUGCAUCCCAAACAAAGAGCCGCCCUUGAUGCCGAAAAAGUGGAAGGACAUUAAACCUGAUUUUUUCCUUGUACAUUCCUAUCCAUAAACUAAAUCCUCUUUUAGAUAUAAGACUAAUUUCUGUGACGACGAAGAUGCGAAAUUUCUUUGUAUAGAAAACGUUUUUCCAUAAAAACAAUUCUAUAUUUUUCGAAGUGUUCUUUGUGCCUUUUUGUAUAUUUAGGGUGAUAAAUUAUACGAUAAUUGAGAUAAUUCGAAUAAACAUAAUUGAAAAGA